AUGUCGGCCGUGGACAAGGCAUUCGUGGGACGCGUCUCUUCCCUUCAGCUCGCGUCGUUAGGCCCCGCUACGGGGGCAUACGACUGCAGCACGUUCGCUCUGUCAUUCUUCAACCAGGCGACGUUGGCCCUGGUGGGCAGCGUGCCUGCAGGUGAGGAUCGCGUCAGGGUGCGAUCACAUGCCCUCGUAUUUGCUGCCUCCGCCGGAGCAGUGCUCGGUUUGUUCUUCGUUGUUUUCACGGAGCACGUGGUUCACGCUUUUGGCGCCAGCGCGGAGAUGGCUCCACAUGCUGUGCGCUAUCUGAGGAUCAGGGCUUUGUGCAUGUUCGUGGGCCGCACCCGGGACGUGUCGAACCAGUUCUGCCUGGCAGAGAAGGAUGUCAUCACGCCCUUCCUCACAACUAUCGUUGCGGCUUUGGUGAACGUAGUUGGAGAUUUGAUCUUGUGUCAACGCUUCGGCACGCUGGGAGCCGCCCUGGCUACGGAUGUGGCCUCUGCCGCAGCCUGUUUUCUCGUCGUGGCGCGGUUGCGUGUCAAGGGGGAUUGGCCUGCGCCGUUGCAGUUGCCGUCUAGCCGAGAUUUUGCGCCGUUCGCUUCGUACGCAGGGGCCCUUUUCGCAAAUAAUUUGCUGAAGAUGUCGGCCGUUGCCACCAUGGGCGCUUUCGCGGUCAGGAUAAGCACGGUGAGUGGAGCAGCGCACCAGAUUUGCGUGACGGCUUUCAUGCUGUGCGGUUUCGCCUUGGGGAUGCCAAUGUCGUGGGCUGCACGCGCAUUUCUACCGGCCAAGGUGGAGGACCCAGAGUACGGCCGUACGGCCGCGGUGCUCUUGGCAGUGGCGGCAGUCGCGUCAGCCUUCGGCGUGCUGACCUCCGCGUUCUUCUUGCGGGGCGGCGGUUUGUAUUGGUUCACGCAGGACCCAGAGGUGGUCGCCGAGGUAGGGCAUGCGGCGCGGUACGUCAGCGCCACGGUGUCUCUGAGCAUAUUCUACCAGUCUGUCGAGGGGCUGCUCGUCACGCAGCAGAGGCUUCGGUCGCUGGUGCUCCUGGGCGGCUCCCUGACGUUCGCCUUCUGCGUCGCCAGCACCUUCCUGCACCUCGCGGGCCUGCUGUCCCUGCCGCUGCUCUGGGCCACGCUGAUGGUAGGCAUUUCUAUCCGCUUGUGCUGCCGCGCGUGA